UUGACACUGGCCGCGGAAACUCAGGUGGAAGCGAAGGCCCAGAGGUCCCGCGCAGGUUGGUGAGCGUCUGCGCAGCGCUAGCUUUCGCGAGCUGGUCUGGGGAGAGUAGAGCUGCCAGAUGGUUUUGCCAUAUGAAGCUGAACAUGGCAGAAGAAGAGGACUAUAUGUCUGAUGCCUUCAUUAAUGUCCAAGAAGAUAUCAGACCAGGCUUGCCAAUGCUGAGGCAAAUCCGAGAAGCCCGUCGAAAAGAAGAAAAGCAACAGGAAGCUAAUUUGAAAAAUAAGCAGAAGAGUUUAAAAGAAGAAGAACAAGAGAGACGUGACAUUGGAUUGAAGAAUGCACUAGGCUGUGAAAACAAAGGGUUUGCUUUGCUCCAGAAGAUGGGCUAUAAAAGUGGUCAGGCCCUCGGCAAAAGUGGAGACGGUAUUGUCGAACCAAUUCCUCUCAAUGUCAAAACAGGAAAAAGUGGCAUUGGUCAUGAGGCAUUACUAAAACGGAAAGCAGAGGAAAAAUUGGAAAGCUAUAGAAGAAAGAUUCACAUGAAAAAACAAGUUGAAGAAAGAGCUGCAGAACAGUUUCGAAUGCGACUUAAAAAUAAGCAAGAUGAAAUGAAGCUAGAAGGAGAUCUUAGAAGAAGCCAGAGAGCCUGUCAACAAUUGGAUACUCAGAAGAAUAUUCAGGUUCCCAGGGAGGCAUGGUACUGGUUGAGGCUUGAAGAGGAAACUGAAGAAGAGGAAGAGGAAGAAGAAGAACAAGAUGAAGAUGAAUAUAAGAGUGAAGACUUAAGUGUACUGGAAAAAUUACAAAUAUUGACUAGUUAUUUAAGAGAAGAACAUCUGUAUUGUAUUUGGUGUGGAACAGCCUAUGAAGAUAAAGAAGACCUGUCUUCAAAUUGCCCAGGACCAACUUCUGCAGAUCAUGACUAAGAUUAUUCUCAAUAAAGUAGAAGCUUGACAAGUGUUAGUGUUUCCUAAAGAUAGACAGUUGAGCAGUUAGAAUUUCCAAAUUUUUGAUACCAGUAAAGAAAGAGGGCCUUUAUAUGUUUCAUUGU